GCAGUUUGCGUCUCAGAGGUCGAGCACAUUUCUCGGCGGUCUAUACCGCUGGUUUUCAACACAGUGACGUUAAUGAAUGAAGUUGCACUCGCGCACACUUUAGACGAACACACCUUGCCACAGAGAGAAACUGGGUGACUGUGGCUUUAUUCUGUUCACAACAUAACACAAGGACGUCAUCUUAUCUAAGGUGCAUAGACCAGGACAGAGAUGGCUGGAAUUCUGUUUGAAGAUAUCUUUGAUGUAAAGGACAUUGAUCCGGAUGGCAAGAAGUUUGACAGAGUAUCUCGUCUGCAUUGUGAAAGUGAAUCUUUUAAGAUGGACCUUAUCUUGGAUGUGAACAUUCAAAUCUAUCCGGUUGAUCUUGGUGACAAGUUCAGGCUGGUUAUUGCCAGCACGUUAUAUGAAGAUGGAACGCCAGACGACGGAGAGUACAAUCCUCAGGAUGACCGACCGUCUCGAGCGGACCAGUUUGAUUAUGUGAUGUAUGGAAAGGUUUACAAGAUUGAGGGCGACGAGACUUCAACAGAAGCAGCAACGCGCCUCUCUGCCUAUGUGUCUUUUGGUGGCCUCCUCAUGAGGCUCCAAGGAGAUGCCAACAACCUUCACGGCUUUGAGGUGGACGCCAGGGUCUACCUCCUCAUGAAGAAACUGGCCUUCUAAAGAUCAACUCUGCUUGCCCACUCCACUGGUUCUUCAAGUGCCACAGUCAACUUUUAAAGUCACAAUGAACUGUACACUGAACAUUCGUAUUCUCAAGUCUGCAGCACGUGACCAUCAUCCAUGUAGAGGCCGAAGAAAACAUUGCGUUUUUUACUCUUUUAGUUAUAAAAUGUUUCCUUCAAGGAGAUGGACUACAGAUUACAGACUGUGACACUUAAUAACGACUGCAACCUCCAUCUGCUGGCAAACUGUAAAUAAAGAUUUCUUUUAUACAUAA